GUGGGGACAGGGCGGUCGCCCUACAGCGCACUCGACCCUGGCCUUGGAGGGCCCGGCCGCCAUGCGGGCCUCGCUCCCAGGUACUAAAUCAUCAUUAGUCAAGAUGUCUUCAGCACCUGAGCCUCCAGCCUUUAAAAAGGAGCCACCCAAGGAAAAAGACCUGGGAAACCCAGGGCUCAGAGGGGUCCGCUCCACAACCUUAUUUCGAGCUGUGAAUCCAGAGCUCUUCAUUAAACCUAACAAACCUGUAAUGGCUUUCGGAUUGAUAACCCUUUCACUUUGUGUGGCUUAUAUCGGUUAUCUACAUGCGACACAGGAGAAUAAGAAGGACCUCUAUGAAGCUAUUGAUAGUGAGGGACACAGUUAUAUGAGGAGGAAAACAUCUAAGUGGGAUUAACAGUGCUGGUUACUGCAGAUGGAGCUUUACUGGGGACUCUGAAAUCUUCAGGUGAAGAUUAGCACCAAACAGUAUCUUGUUUCUUGUUCUAGAAGAUGCUGCUGAGGAAGAAGGAUGACGGUUGCAGCCAGGCCACUAUAGUGAAUGUUGUCCUUUCAAAACUGUAGCCAUUAUUGCAUUCUUUUUCCACAGAAAGAGCUGCUCAAUAUUUUUUCUUGACUAAAUCCUCUUGUAAAAGUGCCAUGAGAAUGGAAGUCACUUUUGUGAGUUAAGUUCUAUAUAAUAAAAAGUACCGAUGCU